ACUCUUGAAAGGGCCUUGGGUUGUGGUAUUAAAUUGCACACUGAGAAAAUGGAUGACUUGGAUCGAGAACUUUUCAGCUCAUCUCUUAAGAAACUCAAUCCGUCUUCCCUAAAAAUUUCUAAGAGUGAAUUGGAUUUUGAUGAGGAGGAUCCUCUUCGUGAUCUUCUGUCAUCAAGUGGUGAAAACACACCUGUCAAAAGUCUACCUAAAAAGCUGUCAGGGAAGGAACCAAUCACUGACCUUUCUAAGCAUGAUUCAAAGAGUAAACGCAUUGCUGAUAUCUUUGGCAUUGAUGAGCAAGAGGCGCACAGCCCUAGGAGUGCUGCAACUCCACCAAGAUCUGUGAUCAAAAAUGAAGACCCAGGCGAUUGGUUGGGGCUCAAAGCAGAAUCAGAUGUUAUAGAUAAAAAGAUUGAAAGCCAUACUAGCAAAUAUGAAAAUUUUGCACUGUCCAAGGUUCCAAAUUCUCGUCCUUUAACAAAAAGAAAUAGUCAAGAAGACAACAUUUUAGUGUCACAAGAAACAAAGGAUGUCCCCAAAACAAUUGAUGUUUCCAAAAAGACUACAGGAUUUGCAGCAGCAGAUGAUUUCCUCACCAGAAAUAUACCAGCCAGAAAAAGUGUCAAUGAGACCAAAAAAUCCAGUUCCAUUUUGAGCACUUUUAUUUCUGAUUUUGAUAGUAAACCAAAUCCUCAAAUAGAAUCAUUUACAAACAAAGGGUUUGAAAAGGACAGUGCAAAAAACUCAUAUACACCCUCUGCUAGUCGUGAACCACGUCGCAGCACCCAGCGGAGGGGAGGAGAUUUAGUUGACCCACUUGGACUGUUUUCAUCAUCUAGAGGAGAACCAUCAGAACCAACAAUAUCCUCAGAUACAGGGCCUGCUAAGAAAGAAGAUGAGUCACAGUUAAGAAAAUCAGGCAUAUCUGGCCAAGUUUUAAACUCUGUACUUCCAGAUCCAGUCCCCCAAUGGCUUGAGAGUGCAACUGUUCUUGCAGCAUCCUCGACUCAAACACCCAAUGCUGCAGAUAAUGUGCAUAAUUCAGGGCACUCUUUAGUAAUAGAGGAAAAACAAUUACCUAAAAGUGAUGCUGACAUCUUGGCUGGUCUGGCUGACUUAGAAACUCUGGCUGGAGAAGCUGCAGCACAGCAGCAAAAAAGUUUACUGUCUGCACUGGCAUUGAAGAGGCAAGAGGAUAACCUUCUUCAGCUGCAGGCUCAGCAAGCUGCCUUAUUGGCACAGCAUGAACAGCAGUUAGGUGCAUUAGUUCAAAGACAAGUGCAACGGCAGCAGCAAAUGAUAAGACAGCAAGAACAAAUACAAGCUCACAUUCAGGCCUUGAUGGUGCAGCCUCCAGCUAUUGCCCCAAUUACAUUGCCAGCAGCAUUAUGGAGCACAGCAGACAACUUUACUGGAAACAACGAUUCACUUUUUAUAAUGAAAACUCCAAAAAAGGAAGAUGAAAAUGAUCAAGAAAUUAUAUCAGAGUUGAAGGGUCAAGUUUACAGGCUUGAGAGGGAAAACCAAGAUAUGAGAACACUCCUAGAGAGUGAAAAGCAGAGAUAUAGUGAUCAACUCUCAGAUAUGGAAAUAUUUUUUAGAAAACAACUUGAUGUUCAAGAAGAUACAAUGACAAAGCAAGAAAAACGCCAUUUGUCUGAGAUGGAAGCAACAAGGCAAGAGACUGCAAUAAGAAUAACUCGCUUGAAGGAUGAACAUGAAGAAAUAUCCAAACAGCAAGCCCAACGUAUGGCAAAAUUACAUGCAGAAUGGCUUGCAGAUUUACAACGUUUAGGUGAAUUUCAUCAGCAGGCUGUAGAAAUGUUAAGGUCAGAGCAAACAUCAGCAGUGGAACACUGGAAAAAUUUACAGGCUGCUGAAUUAGAAGCUAUUAAGGAGGCUGGCUGCAAUGCAAGGUUACUUGAAAAGGCUGUAAAAAAUAUUGAGGAAAGUUCUGCCACUAUUUUAGAAAUAAAGCUACAGAUGAAAAGGGAGGACCAAACUCAGUUAUUAGAGAAAAAGGAGUCACUAAUGAAACAAGAAAUGCAUCUCAUAGGUCUCAAAGAGGCACUCGAAAAGCAGACUGUUGCUCUUGAAGCAGAAAGAGCUUGUAUUUCAACUCUGAGCCGUGAUCUGGAAUCUCAUGUACUGAGACGGCAGCAAGAAUUUAAUGAAGAAAAAAAAAGAUUUGAGGAUAGAGAAAAGAAAUGGGAGAAGGAAAAAUUAGGAGCUAUUGAACAUCUAAAAGAAGAAAAGCAGCUCUUAGAGAAACUACAGUUGGAAGCACAUAUGGAACUGUCAGAGUUGGGAGAAAGAAAGCUAGCUCUUGCUGCUGAUGUUGCUCGCUUAGAAACUAGAUUGAACAUUCAGAGCACACACGCCAAUCGAAAUUCACAACAAGCAGAGCAGAAUGCCUUUGCCUCACAGAUGGUUGCUGAAGCACGAUCAACUCUUGAAGCUGCUCAGGAAGCUGGUAAAGAUGUUCAAAAGGAGAGAGAGGAAGUAAUGGCCCUGAAAAUAAGUUAUAAUGCAGAGCACAUGCACCUUCAAACCCUUAGGCAAGAGCUGCAGAUAAGAGAACAGACAGUUAAUGAAGAAUUGGCGAGAGCUAAAGCCUAUAGAGAAGAGGGAACAAGUGCUUUAAAUGAAGCUCGCAGACUAGAGAGAGAGCGGUCAGAGCAUGCAACCGAUCUAGCUCAGCGUCUGCUUCAUUUAAAAGAGCGAGAAGAUCGCCUUGCGGAAGAAAAGCUUGCUGUUACAAUGGAAUGGAAAAGAAUCCAAGAUUCUAGAGACAAUUUUUACUGCUUGCGUUGCGAACAAAUGCCAGGGACACCUCUAUCUUCCUUCAAACAUAAAGAGAAUAUUGUUGAUCCCCUACCCAUCAUAAUGAAGCUAGAGGCGGAACAAGGUUUGGACUUUAUCACUUUGGGCCAGCCCAAGUAUCACUCAUCUUUGCUGGAUUCUGUUAGCCAGUAAAGAAGCAUCAAAAGGGUGACAAAAAUAAU